AUGGAACUCGACAUCUUCUCCGACGUGGUCUGCCCCUGGUGCUUCAUCGGCAAGCGCCGGCUGGAGGCCGCGCUGGCCGAGCGGCCGCAGCCGGGGCUGGUGACCCGCUGGCGCGCCUUCCAGCUCAACCCCGGCAUGCCCUCCGAGGGCAUGGACCGGCAGGCCUACCUGGAGCUGAAGUUCGGCGGCGCCGACAAGGCGGCGCAGCUCUACCGGCAGAUCGCCGAGGUCGGCGAAGAGGUCGGCAUUGCCUUCGCCUUCGAGAAGAUCCGGCGCACGCCGAACACGGUGAACGCCCACCGCCUGAUCCGCAUGGGCGCCGCCGUCGACCGCGAGGACGCCGUGGUCGAGGCGCUGUUCGGCGCCUACUUCCUGCACGGCCGCGACCUCAGCGAGACCGGAGUGCUGGUCGAGAUCGCCGACGAGGCCGGGCUGGACCGGCUGGAGGCGGCGGAGUUCCUGACCGGCGAUGCCGAGCGCGAGGCGGUCGAGAGCGAGGACCUGAACGGCCGUCAGGCCGGCAUCACCGGCGUGCCCACCUUCAUCGUCAACCGCCGCCACGCGGUCCCCGGCGCCCAACCGCCGGAGGUGCUGCACAAGCUCUUCGACCUGGGCCGCGAGGGCGCGCCCGCCGCCAACCAGGCCUGA